AUGACUUGUGACAUUGAGAGGUCACUUUUAGGAUUAGGAACGAUAAAUUAGAACAACAAAUAUAUGUUUCUUCUUGGAAGAUUCGUAAAUAGUUGAAUAUUUCAGAUUUCGUAAAGUUUUUCCCAAUAUUUUGGAAACUAUUUUCCUGUCUUAACAAUAAAGGAAUUUUAAAGAAAAUUCUUUUUUCUAUUAACAAUUUACAAUUUGUUUACAAUUUUUAAUUUGAGUAAAUUUCAGUAAAUUUUAUUCUAUUUUUAAAACAAGAGCAGGUGAUUCGUAAAAUUUGGUUUUCAGAGAAACGAAAAAGUUGGGGAGUUUUUCGGAAUGUCGACUUUUGCUGGGCCUGUCGAAGAAAUACCGGGCAUAUCAGUGGAUUGUUUUGCAAAUGAAAACCUUGAGUCUUCUGUUUAUUUUCUAAGUCACGUUCAUUCGGAUCAUAUGAAUGGUUUAGAUAAAUAUUUUGUUGAAAACCUAGCACGAUACAAUAAGUUUCUAUAUUGUAGUGAAAUUACAAAAAUUGUUUUGACCUCAAAAUUCGAUUUAACCGAAUCAACGAAUAUUAAAAGUUUCAGUCUCUCAAAUCCAGUGAUAAUAGAAUUUAAAAACAGAGAACGAAAAAUAUGCUAUGUUACAGUAACGUUAAUUCCCGCUGGACAUUGUCCCGGAUCUGUAAUGUUUCUUUUUGAAUAUAAUGGAAAAAAAAUUCUCUACACGGGAGAUUUUCGAAUUAAUUCCAAUGAUUUAUCGAAAAUAAAAUCUUUGCACGACUAUGACGGGAGAAAUAUGUAUCCGUUGAAAUUUGAUAAAAUUUAUUUGGACACAACAUUUUUGAACUUGAAUUACUCUAAUAUUCCGACAAGAAAAGAGAGUGUCGAGGAAAUAAAAAAGGCUGCUUCACAAUGGUUGGAGCAAGAUUCGAAAAACGUAGUUCUUUUGAAAUUACCUUACACCUACGGGCUUGAAUAUGUUUUUCGGGAAAUUUCCAUUGCGCUAAAGAGAAAAAUUCAUGUUUUGGAGAGUGUACACGAUGUCUAUGGGCAAAUUUCCGAGAUUGCUCCUUACAUUACCGGUGAUGGUGAAAGUACCCCCUUGCAUGCGUGUUUAUCAGUGGGAGCUUAUAGAAAAAAUAAAAAAUGCCUCCCAUGUCGUUUGGAUGUCGAUGAGAGUAAUAUUUUAUUAAUUCAUGUAUCUGUUCUCAAAUGGGGAGGUAAAUUAGAGUCAAAUACGAUAACUGAAUGGGAUGAACUUGAUAAAAGACAAUUAUCAGUCUGUUAUUCCUCGCAUGCGUCUUGCAAUGAAUUGAAAUCGUUUUUACAGUAUUUUUUGGCAAAAGAAAUUUAUCCUUGCGUUCUGCCUAAAAAUCCACAAGAACACGAUAGAGUGUAUAAUUUAUUGUCUGAAUUUACAAAAAGUAAAGAGCACGAAAUAGUUUCUAUUGUUAAUCACGAGUUAAACUUUCUAAAAUCGAGUUCUUCCACUGCUACUUUUAAAUCAGAAAUUUUUACCGAUAGUGACUGAUGACUAUUUAAUUAUUUAAUUUUAAAAAUUUAGUUUUAGUUCAAUUUUAAAAACUUAGUUUUAUUACACUGACUAUAUUAUAGUACACUAUAAUGUAUUUCUAUUUUUAUACAUAUUGACAAAAAGUAUUAUAACUUGUUAACUUUUUAAUUAGUUAAAUAAAUUUUUUAAAGAAAAAGUAUAUCAAUAUUAUUAUUAUUAUUGAGAUUAAAAAUAUUGAAUUACUAUUAUUAUCAAUAUUAUUAUUAUUCACUGCGCGUAAGUGUAAAUUAAUUAACAAUGAUUUAAUAUCAAUAAAAUUUCAAAACCAAAAUAGAAAUUCUGGGCGAAAAAAUGUGAGUUCUAUUUGUGCUUAAAAUCUUUGUAUCUUAUUUUCCACUUAUUGUUCUUUGUAUCUUUGUUUCAGAAUUUGUAUUCUCGACCUCCAGAUUUUAAAUCUCGAAUAAUUUGAAAAAUGUCUGCUACCGCAUUGGCACAA